GCUCGACUUCCCCCCACCCCCAGGCCCCCAAGUUCCCCAGACAGCCGGCAGUCCCCGCCUCCCGCCUCCCCGCUGCUCAGGACAGCCGGUGCUGCUCCAGCCUCUAGGCUCUAGGCGGACGCCGCCGCAGCUCUACAACCUCUAAUCCGUCCUCUCCUCGACUCCCCGUCUCCCCGCGCAACCAGCAGUUCGUCCAUCCAGGGGACAGGGCACUCGAGCACGCCGCUGCCGCCCACACACCGCGAUACGCUCCUCCUCCGCCACCGCCGAAGCCCUCCACUGCAACACCGCUCUCCGCUGCCGACCACACCCUGCAAUCUUGCACGCCUCCAACGCUUCCAACAACUUAACUACCGGUUGCCCUUUUCCGCAACCCUCUUCCCUUCCACCUUUUUAUCUUCACUCUUCUCUUGGCCUGAUUCCAACAAGGAAAUUCUAAAACCUAAUCAAUCUGCAUCGCUUCUGAUCCUUCAGCUAUGCAUCUCACUCUUGAAUUCGGGGGCGGUCUGGAGCUUCUCCUAGAGAAAUCCACCAAGGUACACAAGGUGGAUGUCCAGCCUAGGGACGGUGAAGACAAGGCCACGAUGAAGGGGUUGCUCUCUUGGGUGAAGUCCAAUUUGAUCAAGGAGCGGCCGGAGAUGUUCAUGAAGGAUAAUUCUGUGUAUGGUUUCUCUUUUUCCUUUUUCAUUUGCUUGUGUUUUGGCGGAAGUGUCUGGAGACCUUGUUGCCGUCCAGGAUUUGUGCUAUCAGCUUCUCUAGUUCAUCACUUCAGCCUGGUGCCUAUGUGAUAACUAGUGUAAGUCAACAACAAGCACAAAGCCUUUUGCCCCAAGCAAGUUGGGGUAGGCUAGAGAUGAAUUCCAACAGAAAACUGUGAGAACUAAUAACUAGUGUGAUUUCUUCAAAAAAGAAGUGGAAAUGAAUAUAUGCUGAUAACUAGUGAGUACUUUCAUUGGUGGAGAUGGAGACUCUUAAGGCUCAGUUUAUGGUUGAUGACGAGUGUUGUGCUUAACUUAAUUAAUACAAUACUUUGCUCUGGAAGAAUACUAGAAUAGACAUGAAAGCAGAGAAAUGUUUGUCUGCAAAAAAUUUGAACAACAACAAACAACAACAACAACAACAACAACAACAACAACAACAACAACAAAGCCUUUAGUC